UCAGUUGUAAUAAUAUUUUCACUGGCAGUAGUUCUCCGUAUUCUUCCAGCUUAUUAAAAAGUGCGAUCAUGGGUAGACAGGAUAUUUGCUUUCUAGUUUUUAUCGGUAUGCUCCAAGUACUCGCAUUAGCAAGAACAGACAUUGAAGGAUGGGAAAUGGACUCUGGAGAAUUGUAUUCAAAUGUUGAAGGCGCUUAUUCGGUGCGUUUCGGCAAGACGGAGUACACAGUUUGGCACAGACAGCCGCUGAGCUGGCAAAGGGCCUAUGAGUUUUGUGAGCGCUAUAACAGCAGUCUGGUGGUUUUGAAUGAACGUGAGAAAAUUGUCAAAUUGCAAUUGUUUUUAGUGAAGAACAAUUUCGUGCAAGCGCGUGUCAACGACGAGGAGCCGGGCUUCAUUUACUGGAUUGGUGGCAACGAUUUGGAAGAGCUCAAUAAGUGGAUGUGGAUACCGAUCAAUAAACCAUUUACAUACACACAUUGGCUGGUUGGUGAACCGACACGAUCUUCUAGUCAACGUUGUGUGGAGAUGGGUGACAAAGCGCUCGGCCGUUGGAGCAAUAGUCCUUGCUCCUUCAAGCGUUACUUUAUCUGCGAACGUAGCUUUAAGUCUGUGCGACAAAGGACUGAAUUGUAAUACUGAAAAGCAUAUUUGUCAUAUUUAUGGAGACGCAUACUCAUCAGGGUAUGGAAUGCAGAAAUGGUUAUUAGAACUACAUAUAUUAAUAAUUGAAGUAUCGAAAUAAAUGCAAUACUUUGCAAAAGAGCAAUAGACAGAAGCA